GGGUAAUCGGGUAAUCAGGUCAGGACUUUCAGUUCAUAACAGACAAGCUCCAAGGGAAGGGAAACAACAACCUCCCUCUCUUCCUCUCUCUUUCUAACCUGGUCUGAACUGAAACGGCCAUUAAAGGAUGGAAGAAGCUGAGAAAAUGGCGGCUUUGAAGAAAGUUUAUGCUGAUAUAAUCCUUAAUACGGCGAAAGAGGCGGCGGCCCGUAUUAUGGUCUCGGAGCGCAAGGCCCUUCGCUUCCAGCAGGAACUCUCUGCUGCGAAGGAAGAGGCGCUUAAUAUGCUACUUCGCCUGAAACAAAUCAUGGAAUCAAAGAUGGCUGAAGCAGAAAAAGCAUCCUUGAGUCAACAAAGUCGGAUUGCAGAGCUUGAAAUGCAGCUCCAUGAAGCAGAGGAUAUAGUAAGGGACCUCAGAUCUGAGUUAAAAGGAAUGCAGGAUGAACUGGAGAGUUUGAAAAGUAACCCAGGAAAUCUUUUGGAUGGACAAAGGGCAAUGGGGAAUGUUAAUUCUCUCGCAGAGGAAGCACAGGAGGACAAGCUACACACUUCCAAUGGUAUUUUGUGCAACCCUCCUGAUUCAGAAUGCAGACCGAUGUCAACUUGCAUGACGAAAAAAGCACCUUUGGAUAAAUCAGAUGAUAGAUACUGUUCUUUGUCAGAGAAUGAAACAGCUCAUGUUGAGACCUCAAGUGGUUCUCCUGUGGAGAAUUUUUGUGCAGGUAACCCAGAUUUAGCCUCCAUAAUAAUGCGAAGCAAAGAACCUGAGCUUUACAAAAAUGGAUGUACCCAGAGAAUCCGUGCAUUUGAAGGGAAUCUUCUGGAUGAAGGGAAGUUGCCUCUUCCUGGACAUGAAGAUGAUCAGUGCCAACACAUAAAGAGUGGAGAAAUAGUUGAAGAAACCUGUGCUGUAGCCUCUACCAAUACUGACAAUAUGGUGGUAGAAAAUAAGAAUGUGGCCGAGUCAGAAGAGCAGCAUAAUAGCAGCUGUGACAAAGGUCAAGCUGGUAAAUUCUUUCACAGGUUUUCCAAUAAAAGAAGACGAACUAGAUGCAGGAACCGCAGAACCAAGUCGUGCAGGCCACUUCCUGAUCCUGGUGAAGAUCCAUCAAUGGUAACUGAGGAUGAUGUGCAGAGAGAUUCAGAAUCCCAUGUGGAUAGUGAAGCCGGGGUAACUAAAGCCGGAAGUCCUCAAAAUUUUACAAGCAAGGACCCAGCAUUAAUAGAUGAGUCAGCGUUGACAAGGCAGGAAUCCAAAGAUGGGGAGAUUUCUGAGGCUCUGGGUUCUAAACUGAACCCUGAUCCUAUUGAUGUGCCAUCAAUUAAUUCUGAUGCCAAAGAUACAAAACCGUGUGAAAUGAUUACUGCUGCUCCUGUUCAAGCUGCAAAUGAUAGGCUUCUUAAAUACACCUUUCGGAGGAAGCGGAAGAAGGAGACCAUGAGCAACCCAAAUGAGAAUGCUCUCCUUGAAAAGCAAAACACUACCAAGAGGAUGACACUGGAGAAGCAAAACAGCGCACCAGAGCCACAGAAUUCAAGCUUGAUAAUUGAAUCAUCUCGAGACAGCAGGCGACUGGUGCAGGUUGCUCGUCAGCUUAUUUCUUUGUCUGAGAAGAGGUGGUGGUAGUAGAGUCAAGUCAUUUCUGACACCUAAUGUGAGAAGGUUAUGACUUAAGACGGAAAAUUUAACAAGAGUGAGUUCUCAGGAAAGUUGGCCAUUCACUUGUUGAAAGAGAGAUUUGGGUUCCAGAAAAUAAUGUACGUGCAUUGUAUCCAAUAAGUCAUGAUAAUUAUGAUUCUAUUAUAUUAAUAGUCAUCUUUCUCUGCUAUUCAAAAUA